GCGAACCGUGUCACACGCGGGAGAAUAGCAAUCUAUCGACCGCCACUAUCCCCGUGGACGAGCUUGAGAGUGAAAGGCAGGCGGCAAAGUUCAAGGUCGAAGACGCGUGUCUUCGAUCGAACGAGAUGUCCGAUCAUCGAACAAUGGAGGCAAGAUUUCAAAAGGAGGAUGCCAAGGAGGUCGGUUGCCAGAAGGUCGAUAGAUGGGAGAGCGAGAAGGAGAGGGCGAGCUCGAGGGAAAUGGAGGAGCGCGGGUCUGUGGUGAACGAAGUGUUGGUGAAGAAUCUUCAGUUCGAGCAAGAUUUGCCCAAGGAUUCGGUGGAGCACGUGGUUGUUGUUGUUGGUGGUAAUGGUGGUGAUGGUGGUGGUGGUGGUAGUGGUGGUGGUGGUGGUUGUAGUGACACGUUUGGAAAGAUCAUCGAGCAUGUCGGUCAGCAGAGAGCGAUGGGGUACCACAACGUUUUGUGCGACAAUUACGAGAACGUGCAGAACGCGAGGUAUAAGGAGAGCAAGGUGUACGUGACGAAAGAGGAGAUGGAGCGGCAGAGGCUGAUGGAGCUGCUCAGGAAGGGAGAUUACGAGUUAGCGAAAGCGGAUAAGAAAGAAGAAAGAUGGGGCGCGUGUAUUUUCACCGAUUCGGGAGAACUAGGGAGGGGAACGAUUCGCGAAGGAGACGAUGCUCGAGGGGAAUGGAAAGUGUUGUUGGAAAGAUGCCGUGUGGAAUGCGCGUGCCGAGGAUGGAAGACGGCGAGAUAG